GGCAGUGGGGGUGGUGCAGCUGCCCAGCAGGCCCCCCAGCCCCCCAGCCCGGCCGCACCCUUCACGCGCCGUUCUGCAGCCUUGGGCAGGCACCUUGCUCCCACGGGAGGGGCAGCGGAGAGGGUUUUGGAAAUGGCGCAGCCUGCCAGGGUCGGGCGGCCUCCCCGGGGGACCAGAGCCGGCCGGGCAUGGCCAUGGGGAGCGGCUCUGGUCCCCAUGGCUCAGGGUGGGUCCUGGCCCAUGGGUCUCACAGAGCCCCUCCCUGCAGGAGCGAGUGUCCCGCCGUCUGUCCGCUGCGGGCCGGGCAUGGGUGAUGGACUGAAGGAUGGCGCCGUGCGGCUGCGAGAGGAGACCGAGGCCGCCCUGUCCCCGCCCGUCUCACCACAGAAGGGCCGCCGGGACGUCCUCAGCUCCCUGCUGUCCGGGGCCCUGGCCGGUGCCCUCGCCAAAACCACAGUCGCUCCCCUGGACCGGACCAAGAUCAUCUUCCAAGUGUCUUCCAAGAGGUUCUCUCCCAAGGAGGCCUUCCGGCUCAUCUACCACACGUACCAGACCGAGGGCUUCCUCAGCCUGUGGCGCGGCAACUCGGCCACCAUGGUGCGCGUGGUGCCCUACGCCGCCAUCCAGUUCAGCGCGCACGAGGAGUACAAGCGCGUGCUCGGCCGCUACUACGGCCUCCGCGGGGGAGCCCUGCCGCCCUGGCCGCGGCUGCUGGCGGGCGCCCUGGCGGGGAUCACGGCCGCCUCGCUCACCUACCCCCUGGACCUGGUCCGCGCGCGCAUGGCCGUCACCCCGAAGGAGAUGUACAGCAACAUCUUCCACGUCUUCGCGCGCAUCUACCGCGAGGAGGGGCUGCGCACGCUCUACCACGGCUUCGCGCCCACCGUGCUGGGGGUGAUUCCCUACGCGGGGCUCAGCUUCUUCACCUACGAGACCCUCAAGGGGCUGCACAGAGAGUACGGCGGCGGCCGGCAGCCCUCGCCGGGGGAGCGCAUGCUGUUCGGGGCCUGCGCGGGGCUGCUGGGCCAGUCGGCCUCGUACCCGCUGGACGUGGUGCGGCGGCGCCUGCAGACGGCGGGCGUCACGGGCCACCCGCGUGCCUCCAUCGCGCGCACGCUGCGCACCAUCGCGCGGGACGAGGGCGCCGUGCGCGGCCUCUACAAGGGGCUGAGCAUGAACUGGGUCAAGGGGCCCGUGGCCGUGGGCGUCAGCUUCACCACCUUCGACCUCCUGCAGAUCCUGCUGCGGCGCCUGCAGGGCGCAGCCGCCCGGGACGCCUGAGCUGGGGGCGCCCCCUUCGCUUGCCCGGCGGGACCCCCAGGGCUCUGGUGCGCUCCGGCUUCGUCUGCUGCUUGGUGGGCCUGGCCUGGCCUUGGGGGGUCUCCCGGUUGACCGGCCGACUGCUCCGAGCCAGCCCUGCCUCGGGAC